GGCUCGGUCUGCUGCAUACGGAAAAUAACAACUGGUCAUUUCUUCAAUACCUGCCGUGAGAAAAUCUUGACGGGUUGUGACAUCGGCGGUGUGGAGAGUCACCCGGUUUAUGUGAUACUGUCGGAUUUUGAUUAGUAUAUAGCUUCAUCAUCCCAUCGAGGUUUACGGGAUCCGCAGAAAUCCCUUGAGAGAUUGACUGUGGGAGUCGUCGAAGAUGAAGAUCCAAAACCUUUUUGUCGCUGCUGCGGCAUUGGCAUCCCCCGCCCUCGCAGAACUAGCCACCUUCUCCCCAAGAACACGCCGUCGGCAUCCCCCAUCACUCCAGCACCCACCGCGGCGACAUCUUCAUCUCCGUCUCCUUCCCCGCCAAAUACCAAUAUGUCGGCUUCGGCAUCAGCACGCACAUGGCCGGCGCCACCAUCUUCGCCGUCUACACCGACGGCAAGGGCAACGUGACCGUCUCCCCCCGCGACGGAACCGGACACUUCGAACCCCUCCACAGCUCCAGCAAGACCGUCACUCUCCUCGCCGGCUCAAAAGCAGACGCCACCAGCGUCGUCGCGAACUUCAAAUACCGCGCCGACGAGCCGCUGCUGCAGGUUCAAAGCCACUCGUCGCCAUUCAUCGGGUCCUGGAAGGAGGGCCCGGCAUUCAACACAACGGACCUCGCGCAGACGCUCGAUCACCACGAUGAUCACAGUAUCUACACGCUAGACCUGGUGAGCGCGAACGUGGGGGUGUCGCAGAACCCCUUUUUAGGCGCGAGCGCGGCGCAGCUGGUCGGGCAGCCGCAGGGUGGUGCUGAGCUUGACAUAGCUCUGGGAAAGAGGCUCUUGAAGGCGCAUGGGACGCUGAUGGGUGUGGCGUGGUUGAUUGUGUAUCCAGCUGGUGCGAUCCUGAUGCGGUUGCGGUGGGGGGGAGUGUGGGCGCAUGUUUUCAUACAGCUGGUGGGGACGUCGAUGGUGAUCGCGGCGUUUGCGAUUGGGUAUACGUUCUCAGGGAUGUAUGGGAUACGCUUCAAUAACACACACACCUUGUUUGGCGCCUCGAUCUUCGGCCUCAUCCUCGUGCAGCCCUUCCUCGGGAUUGCACACCACUUGCUUUAUAGGCGUGAAGGCAAGGGCACGCUCUUUGGCCUGCUGCACUGUUGGUAUGGCCGCGCCAUCAUCAUCCUGGCUGCCGUCAAUGGGGGCUUGGGGCUGCAGAUGGCCAGGAACUCGAGGGGCGGCGAGAUCGCGUGGGGGGUUGUCGCUGGCGUCGCGUUGCUGGCGUACCUUGGGGCCUCUGUGUAUUCGGUGAAGGGGAACAAGAUGCAGAAGAAGGUUAAGGACAAGGACGAUGAGGUGAGGGGAGGGGAGGGGAAUUGAGGAAUGUAUAGGGGCGGAAG